AUGCGUUAUCGUUCUCGAUUCCAUGUCGCUGUGAAGACUUCAACCAACCCGACGAAACUCAGUGACAACAACCUGCGCAAAGUUGCACUGAAAGAAGCCAGAGCCACGUCGACACUCGAAGCCUGUGUUUACCUGCCGCACCUCAUCGGCGUUUGCCUCGACGAGCCACCGUUUAAACUGGUUAUACAGUACGGCGGGGACAUCACCGUCCUGAAGGCAACCCAAGAGAGGGCUCUCAGUAGAGUUAUUCCAUGGAUGAAGGUGUGUCGGGAGAUGGUGGAGGGAGUCAAGGCCAUUCACAGAAGUAACAUUAUACACAACGACUUGAAAGACGACAACGUGUUGCUUCGCAAGAACAUGGCCUUCGCUCCUCUCAUUAUUGACUUCGGCAAGACACAGGAGCUGGGCGCGACUAAACCCCAACGCAAACCGCCUGUGGGAAAGCUACAGCAAUAG